GAUAUCGAUGGUUAAAAAUUGUUACGCUCCUCUAACAAUUUUUAAUUUUUCUGCCCGGACAGCUCAAAAAACUCAAAAUCCCGAUAUUCUCUGCCUUUGUUCUUUUUCUUAUGUGCCUAGAAAAUUACCAGCAGAAUUUAAUGGAUCAAACCAUCUUUCAAAUAAUUUAAUUGAUCGAACCUUGAAUGAAUUGGUUGGACCGUUGCGCAAACUAGCUUUAAAGGAGGAGGAAGUUGUGGCCUUGAAAGCAACCAUUAUUUUGGAUCCGAAUGCUAAAAACCUCUCGGAGGAAGCUCAACAUGCUACCUCUGCCUUACGCAAUGCUGUACAAGAUAUGCUUUUUCAUUCAGUAAAAGAGUUGCAUCCUUCACAAAAUGCAGCCUCUCGUUUUGGCAAUUUAUUAUUAUUGUUGCCAACAAUUACUACUCUUUCUGGUUUAAUGAGUGAAAAUAUGCAAUUUUGUCAAGUUUUUGGCUGGACAGAUCCUUUACUUAAUGAAUUAUUUAAUAACGGGGAUGAAGAAAAAACAGCUUCUUAUAAUCAAGAAGGGCCUUUGAGUGCUUUUCUUGCAGAUGAGGAUGCUUUUGAUUUAACUACGAGCGGUGGUCCUCCACCUGUUUCUUAUAGCCCACCAAUGCUGGGAGGUGAAUCCUCUUCUCAUGGCAAUUAUUCGGCCUACGAACAGCCUUCCCCUCCACUCCAACCAUGCUCUUCCUCAUCUUCUAAUUCAUCCUCUUCCCCAUUUACUUCCUCUUCAUUAUCUUGUGUAUGUUUAACAGAAAAAUGUGAAAUGAGUACACAAACUGAUAUAAUUAUGAAUUUUGAGCCAUCAACAAAUAUUAAUAAUAGUCCAAUGAUGGAAUGUUGUUCUAAUCAAACAGCUUUAAAUCCGUUAGAUUUUGAUGUUGGGUGUAGUAAUGAUAAUGAUAUGUUUUUUGAUGGAGAACAAGUUAAUUUCAACGAUUUAUCAGCACACGGCCAUUCUUCAUUCCAAGAUAUAUUUUUUAACAAAGAUUCGGACAAUCUAAUUAACCAAAAUAAUUCAAUUGAAGACUUUCCAACUUCUUCAGAUUUUUUAUUUUUUGGUGAAAAUGGGGAAGCAUUAACAAACUCAAAUAUAUUAGACUUUAAUGGAUUAAUGCAAUAA